CGAUCUUGCCUUCCAGAUGCCUGACCAUUCUUCCCCACUUCAUAAACCCAUCAUAUACUAUUGAAUCUUGGUUGCUUCUGCAUCAGCAUUCAGCAUUCAUCAACCCCCACCAUUUUCAAAAUCUUUCUCUGGGUUUCUGAGGGUGGGGUUUUCAUCACAUUUCUGAUGUCUUUAGUUUCUCGAUUCAAUUAUUGACCACCCAUUAAUUGUCCAAAAGGGGAAGCAUCUUUCACUCUCUCUUUCUUUCUCUCUCUAUCUUUAUCUCAUAGAUGGCAAUUAAUGGGCUUUUUGUCUUCUAUAUAGUUAAUUCGAGGUCAUACCCAGUUUAAUUUCUAACACCCAUGUACAGAUUUUACUCAUCUUUCGCUUCACCUCCUCUAUUUUCCCCCAAAUUCUGUUUUAUUGUUCCGCCGAUUGUUGAAGAAGAUGCCAAGGCCUGGACCUAGACCAUUUGAAUGUGUGAGAAGAUCUUGGCACAGUGAGCGACACCAACCCAUUAGAGGCUCCAUCAUUCAACAGAUUUUUAGAGUUGUACAUGAAAACCAUAGUCCUGGUACCAAAAAGAACAGAGAAUGGCAAGAGAAGCUCCCUUUGGUUGUCUUGAAAUCUGAAGAAAUCAUGUACUCCAAAGCCAAUUCCGAGGCCGAAUACGUAAACCCGGAAACGUUGUGGGAUCGAUUGAAUGAUGCCAUUGACACGAUAAUUAGGAAAGACGACACCAUGGAAAACGGCGAAUUUUUACCUGCUUGCGUUGAAGCUGCCCUUAAUUUGGGUUGUGUUCAAGUAAGAUCAUCAAGAAGCCAAAGAAACAGCAACACCAGAAGCUAUCUAAGCUCAAGAAACCAAGAUUCUGGUCGAAAUCUUAACGUACCAAAUGUUCAAAGACCAGAUUCAGAAGCUAAUAAGGAUAUAAGACCGAAUUCCAAUUUUACCCCUCCUGGUUCUUCCUUUUGUCCUCCCUCAUUUGAAAAUUUUCCAAGAAACAUGGUACCCUUUGAGAAUAAAACCUCUUCAAUUUACCCUUUAUACCAUGGUUUUCAUCUUCAACCUCGACCACCCCACAUGGGAUUUCACACUACCCCCCAAAAUCCGGGCAGCAUAAUCCUUGGUACACCGGUUUUCCGGGCAGCCCGGGCAGCCUGUGAGCCUUCUCAUUCUGAAAGAUUGUUUUCAUUCGAUAGAGACAAUGAUGAUGGUAACGGGUCAGGGUCAAAGAAAGAAUCUGGACCCGAAUUGGUGGAAUGUGACUUGUCUCUAAGAUUGGGUCCUGUUUCAAGUAGUGAAAAAGAAAAAGGGUUGACUUGUGUAGAUGAUGAUGUUGACUUGGGUAGACUCAAAGGAAAGGAGUUUUCUUUCUUUCCUUUGAAUUCAGAAGGUGAAGGAGUUGAGAAUUUGGGGACAGAUGUUAGGAAGCGAAAGAUGGUAGGGGAAUCGGGGAGUUUUUUGCAAUUACAUCCGGAUUUUAAUGAGCAAAUGAAAAGAAGAGGUUUGUAGAUAUGAAA